CCAGAGAGAGGAGACACCAUGACCUCCACCCUCAGGGCCCUGCUCUACCUCGGGCUGAGUGUGGGCCUCAGGACCCCAGUGCAGGCAGGGCCCCUCCCCAAGCCCACCCUCUGGGCAGAGCCAGGCCCUGUGAUCCCCUGGGGGAGCCCAGUGACCAUCUGGUGUCAGGGGACCCUGCAGGCUCAGGAGUACCGUCUGGAUAAAGUGGGAAGCCCAGUGCCCUGGGACAGACAGAAGCCACUGGAGCCCGGGGACAAGGCCAAGUUCUCCACUGUACACAUGACAGACCUGCAGGCAGGGACAUAUCGCUGUUACUAUCUCAGUCCCACUGGCUGGUCAGAGCGCAGUGACCCCCUGGAGCUGGUGGUGACAGGAUUCUACAGCAAACCCAGCCUCUCAGCCCUGCCCGGCCCUGUCGUGACCUCAGGAGGGAACGUGACCCUCCAGUGUGGCUCAGGGCAGGGAUAUCACAGGUUCAUUCUGACUAAGGAAGGAGAUCACAGGCUCUCCUGGGCCCUGGACUCACAGCCACAGCCCAGUGGGCAGUCCCAGGCCCUGUUCCCUGUGGGCCCUGUGACCCCCGACCACAGGUGGACGUUCAGAUGCUAUGGCUGCUACAGGAACAGCCCCCAGGUGUGGUCACACCCCAGUGAUUCCCUGGAGCUCCUGGUCUCAGGUGAGUCUGGGAAGCCCUCCCUCCUGAGCCAGCAGGGCCCCAUCGUGGCCUCUGGACAGAGCCUGACCCUCCAGUGUCGCUCUGAUGUCGGCUAUGACAGAUUCGCUCUGCACAAGGAGGGGGGACGGGACCUCCCCCAGAGCCUUGUCCUGCAGCCCCAGGCUGGGCUCUCUCAGGCCCUCUUCCCCCUGGGCACUGUGAGCAGCUCCCACGGGGGCCGGUACAGAUGCUACGGUGGAUACAACCUGUCCUCUGAGUGGUCGGCCCCCAGUGACCCCCUGGACAUCCUGGUGGCAGGACAGCUGUAUGACAAACCCUCCCUCUUGGUGCAGCCAGGCCCCAGGGUGGCCUCAGGAGAGAACAUGACCCUGCUGUGUCAGUCACAGAGCCCGAGGGACACAUUCCUUCUGGCCAAGGAGGGGGCAGCCGAUCCCCCCCUGCGUCUGAGAUCAGAGCACCGAGCUCAGCAGUACCAGGCACAGUUCUCCAUGAGCCCUGUGACCUCAGCCCAUGGGGGCACCUACAGGUGCUACAGCUCACGCAGCUCCGCCCCCUUCCUGCUGUCACUCCCCAGUGAGCCCCUGGAGCUCCGGGUCUCAGGUGAGGGCCCUGACCCUGACCCCUGGGCCUCAGCCCCCCCCACAGGGCCCAUGUCCGCAGCUGAUGGACCACAUGAAGGCUCUGAGGAACCGCAGCUCCCCCCCAUGGAGUCAGGCCCCCGGAGGGGUCUCAAAUGGUACCUGAUUGUCCUGAUCGGGGUCUCGGUGGCCCUGGUCCUGCUGCUCUCACUCUUUCUCUUCCUCUUCCUCCGACACCGACGUCAGAGCAAAGGCAGGAUGUCGGGGACCACACACCCAGAGGCCAAGGACAGAGGCCCGCAGAUCAGCUCCAGCCCAGCUGCCGAGGCCCACGAAGAGGCUCUUUAUGCUUCUGUGAAGGACCCGCAGCCUGGGGAGAGCGUGGAGCUGGACCCUCAGCAGAACGGGCAGGAUGACGGCCCCCAGGGAGUGACGUACACCCAGGUGAACCACUCAAGACCAAGACUUGGGCCGGGAAUGGCCACCUCUCCUUCCUCCCCUUCAGGGGGGUUUUUGAACCAGAAGGGCAGACAAGCAGAAGAGGACAUUCAGGCUGCAUCUGACACCCCCCUGCAUACAACCUACGCCCUGCUGACCCGCUCAGCCCUCAGAUAGAGGAAAACACCCCCCUUCCUCCCAUCAGUGGGGCCCCCAGAUGAGCCCAGUGUGUACGCUGCUCUGCUUAUCCACUAGCCCAGACCCCACAGUGCAGGGAGAGGGCCUGCCGGGGCCCCCAAGGGCACUGGAGCGGCCCCCAUGGACACUCAGUUAGUGCCCCUGGCAGUCUGGAGACCUGACGUGGACCCCCAGCUACUGGGACUCCCUGGGAGUCGCCUGAUUCUGCAAUCACAGAUAACUAAUAUUCCUCUCCAUUAUGGAAUCAAAGCAACAGACUUCUCAAUAACCAACGUGUGAACUGAUUAUUGACAGGAAGUGAGCGAAUGCUUUAAAUUAAUGAUCAUGGACAUAUUAUGCAUCAAGCCUAUGAAAUAA